AUUUACCGCUUACCCUUUUAUUCACGCUUAACAAAAUCCGGUAUUGUGUAACUUCAAGGAGGAUGAUGUAAACUUCAGUUUAUUGAGUAAAAAGGAAUUUCAGGAAUCAAAACAUUGAAGAAUGCCUGAGAAGAAAAACCGAUUCUUACUUUUAUAUGGAUCCCAGACUGGGCAGGCUGAAGCCAUUACUGAUGAGAUACGAGAUAACUCGGUCGUGCAUGGACUGGAUUGUGAAAGACAUUGUCUCAGUCAAGCUGAGAAGAAAUUCACACUUGAGAACGAAACUUGUGUUGUGAUUGUCACGUCCACAACAGGAGAUGGAGAACCACCAGAAACAGCUCUUAAAUUUUUCAGAAGACUGAAGAAGAGAACCCUUCCCAGUGAUCAUCUGUCUCAUUUAAAUUAUGCUCUGUUAGGGCUGGGAGACUCUAACUACACAAAUUUCUGUAAUGCGGGGAAGACUCUGGACAGGCGAUUGGAGGAAUUGGGAGCCAAACGGUUCUAUCCCUCAGGCUGGGCUGAUGAUGCUGUGGGUCUGGAAUUAGCUGUAGAGCCUUGGAUAGAGGGACUUUUCCCAGCACUGCUUAACUUCCUGUCACCUGACUUACCGAACAAAUCCGAUCUAUGCUGUAAAGAAGCUACCUGUUCAAUGAAAGAAGAUACAAGCAAUCCCGUGGACAAUUUAGAUUGUAAACGUGACAAAACUGAACUUAAUGGUACCACAAUAACAAAUUGCCAUCCAUCAACCAAUGGGCAUUCCAAGGAGGAACGAGAUGACUAUAAUGGACAUGAUACUCCUUCUUCAGAAAUUGAUAGGAAAAUAUUAGAUAAUGGAUCAGAAGAUUCUCUAGAAAGAAAGAUUGAGGGUAUUUCACUAGCAAACACGCAGGAACCAUCACUCAUCAAAUCAGUGCAACCUCUUUGUGAUGCAGCUGUAACAGUACCUUUACUUACGCCAGCUUACCUUGCUCUAAAAUUCAAUUCCGAGGAAAAUGUGGGAGGCACCUCUUUCCCUUUUGAUAAAACUGCUGCAACAGCCAUUUCCAGGGCCACAGUAAUCAGUGCAGAUAUUCUAACUUCAGAAGAUGCACUUAAAAAAUCUCUAAAACUGAGGCUUGAAUUAGAAAAUGAGAUGAGUUACCAACCAGGAGACUCUGUGUCAGUGUAUUGCCAGAAUGAUGCAAAAGAAGUUGAAAUGCUGUUGAAGAGACUAAAUGUUCUGGAUACUGCUGACUGCGUUUGUGAGAUUGAGCUGAUGAAAGACACCAAGAAAGCGAAAGCAGUUAUCCCACUUCAUCUGCCCAAUGUCUCUACACUCAGGAACUUAUUUACUCAUUACAUAGACAUAAGGGCACCUCCCAAAAAAUCUGUGAUACGACAGCUUGUAAAAGAAACCACAAAUCCCCAAGAGAAAAGAAGACUUCAAGAACUGUGCAGCAAACAAGGCAUGGCAGACUACACCAGCUUUAUAAGGAAUCCUGAGAUAAGUAUACUAGAUCUCCUUCAGGCAUUUCCCUCCUGUCAGCCCACUGUUGAAAGACUGCUAGAAUCGCUUCCAAAAUUACAACCAAGGCCUUACUCGGCUUGCAGUUCACCACUUAAAACACCAAACCAGUUAGACAUUGUGUUCAAUGUGAUAAAUAUUCCAGAGGGUGACGGAAGAAGUUUUUCAAGGCAAGGGGUAUGCACUGGUAUGCUGGAUAAAUUGACAGUAGAUAUUCAAAGCAGACAAAAAUGUGAAGAUCCAAAAAAAGGUGAGAAAAUAUGCCAAUUGCAGGUCUCAGCCAGGCCCAGUCAGUUCUUCCGCUUACCCAGUGAUGUGUCUGUGCCGCUCAUUAUGGUUGGACCAGGUACAGGAGUUGCUCCUUUUGUUGGCUUCUUACAACACAGAGAAAUGCAGAAGACCUGCCCUGAAUAUGCUGAUCAAGUGUUCGGAGAAACAUUCCUUUUCUUUGGUUGCAGAAACCAAUCACAAGACUAUUUAUUUAGGGAGGAGCUUAUGAGGUUACAAGAGAUAGAAAUUUUGACAAAGCUCUUUGUUUCCUUUUCUCGAGAAAACAAGUCUGCAGAUGAACCCAAAUAUGUACAAGAUAAUCUUCUGAAGAAUGCCGAGUUAUUACUUGAUUUGAUUGAGAAUCAAGAAGCUGUAAUAUAUGUCUGUGGUGAUGCCAAGAAUAUGUCCAAAGAUGUGAAUCAGACUUUUAUGACAAUUCUGAAGGAAAAGAAAGGAAUGAGUGAGAGUCAAGCCAAGUCUCAUGUUACCAAACUGAGGCUUGAUAGGAGGUACUUGGAGGAUGUGUGGACUUAAGGGCACAUAACGACUUCAUCUUAUUAAAGAAUAUGUCAACUUGUACAUAUCCUGUAAAUUUUGGGUUUAAUAAAUAUUGUUUUCAUUAGCACCAAAAGCAAUGUACACUAGAUAUGGUAUGCAAUGAAGUGAGUUUUACAUGUAUGUUUUAAAUGAAAUCUUAGAUUAAUUGUUUGUUAAUUCUGAUAAUCUGUUCAGAAACUGUAAAUUUUGAACAUAAAAUGUGGCUACUUAGAACUGUCUUAUAAGUUUCACACUGAUAGAUCUAAUUGUUAAUGAAUGAUUUUUUUUUAACAAUUUUAAUUUUACUAGUAAGAGUAAAACAUACGCCAUAUAUUUGUUUGAUUAGAGAUAUAAAAAAAUAAAUAAAAUUACCUUGUUUUGAUAUACAAA